AUAUAAAGGCGGCGAGAAGGAAGACAGAGCAUCAUUCUCGAUCCAGGAUUCAUCAUGAAGGUUCUCGCAUGUGUGUUGUUGGCCGCUGGCCUAGUCUCGGCCCAGCUGGGCCCCGACGCCGCUCCUGUCGGUGUUGAUGCCGGCGCUGCCCCCGUUGAUGUCGCUGCAGGGGACCCCAACACUCUCUCCUCUCCCGCCGCCGCAGGAGCCGGUGCCGGUGCCGGAGCAAGUGCCGGAGCUGCUGCCGCCCAGCAGAGCUUCAGGGAUAAGGUCUAUGGCGCAGGCCUCAACAACCCCGCCGCCUUCCCCCCCAACAUGCUGGCAUUCAACCGCGCCAAGCACAUCGUCACCAACAUCCGCCCUGACCUCCGCGUGCGAGUCAACAUCGACGGAAGUAUUGAGCUGACCGACAUCUACGGACAGGAGGUCGAUGAGGAGGUCAUUUUCCCCGACCUGGAGGAGAUUCAGGAGCAGCGCCUGCAGGCCCAGAGGAACGCCAUCCUGCGCCGCCGACAGGAGCAGGACGCUCAGCUCAUCCGUGAGUUCAACCUCGGGGCCAACGCACAAGACUUCGGUCUUGGAAACUUCGGCCAGGGCAACCAGGGCGGCUUCACCAUCUAAGCUUCCUCUUUCACUUCUUUGGGCGGAAGAUGCCUUCGGCCAGAAUGCAGAAGGCACUCGUACCCUUCCUCUCGCGCCGUCCUUCGGUGCCACCGGCCGCCCUCUCGCUUAACCUCUCUCAGAACAUCUGAAGUCCACACUCGUUUCCCCUUUUCUUGCCUGCAGUCUUCCUGGUAAAGCCAAGAGGCUCUCAGCACUCUUCCAUGCACUUACCUUCCAGUUUACACAGCACAUUAAACUGCAAUAAGUGUAUUUAAAGUCAAUAGUACGAUUUUGACAUUUUAUAACUUAUUACAAUACAUUAAAAACAAUA